AACGGUCAGUGCAGCCACCUGCUUCUCCGACUGCCCCAUGUCAUCGCCGUCCCGCCGUCGUAGCAGCUUGGACUUCUCACCACCGGUCUAUAGGUCUUGGUCCUGCGUCCCAAGCCCUCGCCCCGAUGAAUCGAGCCGCAGUACGGGCUUUCCGGACGACGUCGCUCUCCACCAUCCGCGCCCUCUCCCGCACGACAUCUCGCCGCGGCUUCUCCAUCUCCCUCUCGCUCGCCCAGGCCAAGGCCAGCGCUCACGUCAACGCCAACACCAAAGCUCACGCCCAGGCCCAGGCCACCGCCCGUCGUCACCUCGCCUCGGGCCAUGCGCCGCUGAGGUCCUCCAUGUACUUCCGUCGCCUCCCCGUCGCCCUUGUCUCUAGCAUCGUCGUUGGCUACGGCGCCUGGUACUCGUACAACACCGCCGCCGGUGUCGCCCCCAGUCCCGCUGCUGUCUCGCGCAGCCUCACGUCGACCGCCGCGGAUGGCCUGCCCACCCGCACCGUUCUCGUUGUCGGCGCAGACGAGCUGAGGCAGGGCACCAUCGUUGGCGAGGGCCCCAUCUCCAAGACCACCAGCGACGACGGCCGCCGCAUCGUCGAGAUGCUCACCCCCGAUCAGGCUGAUCACAAGCUGCGCAAGCUGGAGCAGUCAUACUCGGUCAACCGUGGCCAGGGCGUCACCCGUUACGAUAUUGUCCAAUUGCCCAGCAACGACCCCAUCGAAGACGAUCAUGCCGAGAAGAUUGUUCAGGUCCCCAGCCGCGCUGCUGGCGCCGAGACUGACAACAGCGAUUGGAUGUUCUGGGGUGUCUUUGACGGUCACUCGGGAUGGACCACCUCUGCUACAUUGAGAGAGAGUCUCAUCAGCUACGUCGCUCGGGAGCUAAACGACACAUAUAAGAAGGCCAAGGGCGCCGUUCCUUCCGAGGAGGACGUCAAUGUGGCCAUCAAGACUGGCUUCAACAAUCUGGACAACGAGAUUGUCCACAAGAGCGUAGAGAAGGUUUUCAAGGCGAGUUCCAAGACCGUCGCCGCCGAGCUGCUCCAGCCUGCGCUAUCUGGAUCCUGCGCCCUGCUGUCAUUCUACGACAGCCGGAGCAAGCUUCUGAGGGUAGCCUGUACUGGCGACUCUCGUGCCGUCCUUGGACGUCGAUCAGAGUCUGGAAAAUGGACCGCCACCGCCCUCUCGGAGGACCAGACCGGUAGCAGCCCCUCAGAAGCUGCUCGUAUGCGCAAGGAACAUCCCGGCGAGGAUCAUGUGGUCCGCAACGGCCGUGUUCUUGGAGGUUUGGAGCCAACUCGUGCUUUUGGUGAUGCAGUCUACAAGUGGAGCAGAGAUACCGCCUGGAAGUUGCGCGAGAGCUUCUUCGGACGAAGCCCCUCGCCUCUACUGAAGACUCCCCCUUAUGUCACAGCCGAGCCGGUUGUGACCACAACCAAGAUCCAGCCCGAGAACGGCGACUUCCUCGUCCUGGCUACCGACGGCCUGUGGGAGAUGUUGACUAACGAGGAGGUUGUUGGACUCGUGGGUAAGUGGAUCGAGACACAGGCCAACGCCGCAGCUGGCUCCCAGUUUGAUGCGGCGUGGUCUAAGAUCUUUGGCUCAGCAAAAUCCCCUCUCCCCGUCGAGGAGCGCAAGGAGGCGAGCCCCGAUGGAAACAAGACCCCCAUCCGCCUUGCGCAGUGGGGUAUCGACCCUCAAGCCAAGGAUCGCUUCUUGGUCAAGGACAAGAACGUGGCCACUCACCUUGUGCGCAACGCUCUUGGUGGUACCAAUGACGAGCAGGUCUGCGCCCUGCUCACUCUACCGUCUCCCUUCUCGAGGCGUUAUCGUGAUGACCUGACAGUUCAAGUCAUCUUCUUCGGCCACGGCGAGAAGACAGGCGAGGUAACGGUAAACCUAGAUGCGACGGCCGCCGAAGACUUGAGAGCCAAGCUAUAACUGAGAAGCAGUCGCCAUUCGGCAAGUAAUUGGUCAGCGAGGUUAGUUUCGAGGCGUUGUGGGGAAACAUGAUUUCUCUCUGUACGAAUAGACGGCAAAGACGACGUGGACCGGCUUAUACUAGACAAACUUGUGUGUUUGUGUUCCUGAAGAACAGUUGAUUAUCUGGCGACUUCGUGGUGGGACCGGGUUCUGGACUAAGAUACGAAC